AUGCGACGCAACAGUCUAUCGAUGAAGGCAUUGCGGGACGUGAUAUUCAACGGGUUGCAUUUGGGACCCAAUUACAAGUUUGCUCAAAUCUACUUGCGUAUCGGAACAAAUGAUGUGAAGGGCCUGUGCACCUUCAAGUAUUAUGACGUCCGUUUUCCAACUUUUGAAGCCUUUUACAAAGAAUAUGAACAGUUCAUGGGAAAUCUCGUAAAGGCCUUCGCUUGCAACGUGUUUGCUUUGGGAGCAGCUCCGCCUUCUGCAUCACCAUUAUUGGAGACACCUACAAGUGUGGCGUUGGAUGCUGACCAAAAUGGCUUACCAUUAGUACCUUUGAGGUGCUUGGAUAAUGUUGACCUUGUGGAAGAAGAAGAUAGGGAGAGAGCUGGUCGCAUUUAUCUAAACGAAAUUUACAGGCGAUUAGCAGGUAUUGAUGGGGUCAUGAACGUUGUUGAUGCGGAAAGAAAUCUGGGAUGGAUCGCUCUGCCUACACCCAUUGACGGGCUGAGGGCGUAUAGCAGUGGACGUGGAAAAUUAACAGAUUUUGGGCACAUUACACCUUCUGGUUACCUGAUUUUCGCGAAGUAUCACUGCAUUUCCAUGUGGCGUGGGAUUCGAAUGUUACCAGGCUAUGAAAAGGUAGUGGGACGAAUCUGCUCAGGCCAAUACCCUAGAUGGCUUGAUGAUGGAACAGUGGCAGUGGGUGUUGUUCCUGAUAACCUGCACGUGCAUAGUGGAUCCUUUGGACCGGUUUCAGACUGCGUUGGACCAUUAGUUCCCACCGGAAAUAUUGAUCUUGCCAAGUUACGAAAGUUCGACUUUGACGAAUGCUUCCUGACUGACGCUGCUACAAGUAACGCUCGGAGUCGAUCAAAAAUUGAAGUUGGGGACAUAGUGCGAAUUCGAAAUGUGAAGGGGACCAGAAUCGUCGUAUCUCGAACUCCUACUGGUUGGUCUUUCAUGGGUGCUAAAUGUGUUGAAUUGUGA